CAAAAUCGCCUUUAACUUAACUCGAGACCAACUCAAACGAAGCGUUAAAAUGGCAGCUUUACAGCAAAUUAUGGAGAACAAUCAACGCGCGGAGAAUCUCAUUGAUUCCAUCAAGUCAGAGAUGACGGUCAUACAAAAUGAGCUCGAGGAGCGUCAAAAGCAACAGCUGAUUGUCGAGAAUGCUGCCCUGGAAAAGGAAAUUGAGGCAGCCCUCGCACAGCUAAUCCAACUGGAAGUGCGCAAUGGCAAGAAACAGAUUGUAUUACCAGGCGCUGGCACAGGUGCUACCCGUGGAAUGUGCACCAAGGUGGACACAGAAGAACCAGGAAGAGUUGCCACAGCUGCUCUAACCCCGGAAUCAAAAGUAGCCCCAAAAGAAAAGAAGGAUAAGAAGGAGAAAAAACACGCUACUGCUGAGAAGUCAAAUUCCUCUCCAGAAGCAGCUCCAGUGGAUGUUGGUCGCUUGGAUAUGCGUGUGGGCAAGAUUAUUGAAGUUGGCCGUCAUCCGGAUGCGGAUAGUUUGUAUCUGGAGAAGAUCGAUUGUGGUGAGGCAGCGCCACGUACAGUUGUCUCGGGUCUGGUGAAAUUUGUGCCGCUGGAGGAGAUGCAGAAUCGUCUGGUUGUCGUCCUCUGCAACCUGAAACCGGCUAAGAUGCGUGGCAUCACCUCCGAAGCCAUGGUCAUGUGUGCCUCCACCCCGGAUAAGGUUGAGGUGCUCAGCCCACCAGCUAACGCUGUGCCCGGGGAUUUAGUCCACUGCGAUGGCUACGAACGUCAACCGGAUGCACAACUGAAUCCGAAGAAAAAGGUGUUUGAAACGUGUGCUCCGGAUUUGAUGACCAAUGCGGAGCUAGUCGCUUGCUUUAAGGGAUCAGCGCUGCAUGUGCCAGGGAAAGGCGCCAUCGUAGCGCAAUCCUUGAGAAAUGUCUUGGUUAAAUAG